AUGCAGUUUAGUCUAAGUGCAAAGCGUAGGUCUGGCUUCUACCCGUUAGACCCCAGAGAAGUUUCAAAUAUAGUUGGUGUACCGUCAAUACCCAACCACCUCCCCGAAGCGGAAUCGAUACUUCCCGGGCACACCCUCAUUCGUCCUUCGCUUGGCAUGCUAAAGUCAGCUGUAAAGUUUCCGCAUAGAGAAUUGGAAGACGCGGCUGGAGUCUAUGGGAAUAUUGAAAAUUUGGGAAUAAGAUACGACGCCAAAAAUGAACGCGUACUUUAUUCAGGCUUUCGAAGAUCACCUUCUGAUUAUGUUAUGUACUUGUUCUCUUUGCGAGAAAUAAAUAAAGAUAGUAAAGCGAUACUCAGAAACGAGCACGAAGAUAUAUUACAUUCAUCAUCAGCGGAUAUUAUUUCAAUAGAAGAGAGAAGUACAACACCAAAAAGCAUAGAAUUUGAAGGUGGUGUAACCGAGAAGAACUGGAUUAAAGCUCAUGUAAUGAAUUAA